UAAUUAUCAUAUCAUACAACACACCUAUAGCUAGCAGUUAUAUAUCGAACGUUAUUUAAUAGUGUGGACGUAGCAAAAUAAGUUCAGAUAGUUGCAUUACAUUAUUGCUUCUUCUACCAUGCAAGGUUCGGGUGGAAAAGGAUGAAACUGUGAAAGGAUCGGCACGCUUUCUGACAAUCGCGGAAUAAGACAACUAAAGGAAUAUUUUCUAAAUAUUAUAAAUGACAUUGGAAUCUACAAACUAAUUGAAAUAUUUUGCAUAAAAGCCAGAACCAGUAAAGAAUGUGCUUUUUCGAUCAAUUUUAAAAUAUUGAAAUAUUUGUUUAACUGUGACAAACCGUCGUAUGUAUUAAGUGUGCAACAAUUGAUAAAAUAAACGGACGGUAGAACUGGACGCUUCUUUAAGAGUGUUGGGUAUAUCACAAGAUAUUGUGUGAGGAAAGGAUAAAUACACAGACAUAGACCACCGCUAUCACCGUCAAGAAGUGUCAUGAAGGUUGUCAGCAGACGAAUCUUGAAAAGCUUCGUAUGGAUCAUUGCGGUCGGAAUGCUGGUUAUCAUAAUGGUAUCGCUGCACGAGUUAGCAAUGCGACAGAGGGUUAGAAUACAGAUCCUUACCCCUGCCCGUGGCGAGAGAGAAAGUCGAAUACAACACGCCUACCAUGAAAAUUCUACACUUAACCACCAGAAUAAGACUACCACUGGUGCCAUGCUCGAGUCAAAAUCUAAGCCAGUUACCCACAUCGGAUUUUUAAAAGUGCACAAAGCGGCAAGCACCACAACCCAAGCAAUAUUUCUGCGUUUUGGAUGGCGUCGGAAUCUUACAUUUGUACUGUCGCCGGAAUAUAAUAAAUUUGGAUAUCCGAAUAUAAUAAGUACAAACGAAUCAAUAACUAAAUAUAACACUCUAUCUCCACCUCCGGGGAAGACGUUUGAUAUUUUGUGUAAUCACGUGGUCUAUGGACAAAAAGAAUGGUCCUCGAUAUUACCUCCUGACACGGUUAUGAUUGGAACUAUUAGAGAACCAUUCGGACAUUUUAAAUCUGUCUUAAAUUACUUUAAUCCAAGAGCUAUAGCAUUUGUGCAAUCAACAAUAGAUCCAGUAGACCCAGUAGGCACUUUCUUGCAAAAUCCCACAAAAUAUGAGGCGGCAAAAAACGUUAGACAUUCGUUCACAAACAGCCGUCUAGCAUUUGAAUAUGGUGUGAACCCGGAAAUUAUAAUAAAACGAGAUCUUAUAGCAUUCGACGAAUAUCUCAGAGACGUGUUAGACAAACAGUUUGCAGUAGUUUUACUUGCUGAAAAAUAUGACGACUCUCUAGUCCUGAUGAAACGUAAACUGAAUUGGUCUUUCCGGGAUAUCAUGUACGCAAUGAAAAAUGUACGAAGUGCAGCAAAGGCGGACCGAUACGUUUUGAAGGAUGAGCACAAGGCUUUACAUAGAAAUUAUUCCAUAUUUGAUUAUAUGUUAUUUGAGUUCUUCGAAGAACGAUUAAACAAACAAAUAGAAAGUGAGGGUGUAGGUUUUCAGGAAGAAGUUGAAAACUUUAAAGAAAUACGGAAGUAUGUGGAAAAUUUCUGUCACGUAGUUCCUAGACAUAUAAUGUCAGUGAAAAUUGACAGAAGCAAAUGGACUGAUAGUUUUGAGAUCACUCGAAGUGACUGUAACCUAAUGCAUUUAGGUGAAAUCCAAUUUAUACAGAUGAUCAGAAAAAAUCAGUAUGGGUCUGCCACUUGGACAGGUGUUCAGCGGGUUGUAAAGGGGCCGCUGAAAAAAUCUUAAAAUUUAACCUACUGUUUUACAGAAACAGCAAUACAGUUCAAGCCAGAUCCUAGUCAAGUGUACCUAGAAAUACAGCCGACGAUAUAGCCGACAGGGCCGCCGACGAUUCUUGAAAUUCUGAAUAAAACGUUAAUACCAGGGCACGUUACCUGAACUUUGUCCUUUGUAUCCGAAAGUCAAGAAAUAUUUUUUUAAGUUGUAAAUGAAAUAAAUUAAACAUAUUUCAUUGAGAUACGCGUAGCAUGUAUGUUUAGUCGGUGAAACUUAUAGAAGAGAUAUAUGAACCGCGCCAUGAGAAA